CUCUUUUUUAUUUCACAACUUUCUAAACAACCUAUCGAAAACAGAAAGGAGGAAAGGAAAAAUACCCUUCAAAAUUUGGCCACCAUGGGGAGGAGCAGUUGGAGCAGAGGAAUCGGAAACGUUAGAUCAUUCAUCGGAAAUUCGAUUGGGGGUCUUCGAGGCGGUCCCAAUAUAGCUUCUUGGAUCGUCGCCGGCACUCUCGCUUAUUUCCUUUGGGUGAAACCCUCUCAAGAUCUCAAAAGUCAACAAGAGGAAAGAGCAGCUCUUGCAGCUUCAGAUCCUUAUCGCUACGUAGAGAAACGAAAACCGAUUCCUGAUCCCCAGGAGAAUGGAUUGAUAUACGGCAACAAGAAGAAAAAUGAUAGUAAAACAGAGGAAUAAUGAUUCUAUUACCAUUCUACAAUCUCCAGAGUAUACAUUUAUGGGGCGAAAAGUGAGGGAUCUUAAGUCCAGUUUCGUGCGUGACAAGGCUGAAGAAAGCUGCAAUUUCUCGCUGAGAAUCAUCGACUGAUCCAAUUCUCCCGAACCUAGGGUAAGGACCGAGAGCUUGAUAUUGAAUAAAAAUUCUUCCCUUCACAACCGGCUUCUGCAACAUCCAUAAUCGUUUUAAAGAAUUGUGGCGUAACAAUAUCAGCCACCGAUACAUUGUUCAAAGUCGGCGGUGGAUUACAAGGACCCUGCUGGAAUCCUGUGCUGCGGUAAUCAUUGCCGGCUCUGCAAAACUCCCACCAGCUAUUCGCAACAGCAGUUUUGAGCGCCCUCUGCUGUUGCUCCGGCGGCAAUAAUUGCUGCCAGAAGAAUGGUUGGUAAAUGUUUCCUCAUAUUGGAGAAAAGAAUAUUGAGAUUCUUUUUCUUUUUGGAACUGAACAAUGUGUUUGAUGUAGAAGAAUG